AUGUCUGAUUCGAUAGCUUCAAAAGAAGAAGCUGCUAAAAUCUUUGAUAAACUAAAGAAAGAUCCUGCGAAUCAAGUAUGCUUUGAUUGUUCAAAUAAAAAUCCUACAUGGACUUCGAUUCCCUUUGGAAUAUUUUUAUGUUUACAAUGUUCAUCAGUUCAUAGAAAUUUAGGAGUUCAUGUAUCAUUUGUAAAAUCAUCAAACCUAGAUUCAUGGCAACGUAUUCAAUUAAGAAAUUUCAAAUUUGGAGGUAAUCAACAAGCUAAAGAUUUUUUUAUGAAAAAUGGUGGAUCACAAUAUAUACAACAAGGUAUAGAUGCAACUAAUAAAUAUACUUCAUCAGUUGCAAAUAAAUAUAAAGAAAAAUUAAAACAAAAAUCAUUACAAGAUGCUAUUAAGAAUCCAGAUAUAGUGACAUUAGAUGAUAUAAAUGAAAUAAGUUCAAUAAAUUCUUCAAAUGAUAGUUCAGAUGAUUUUUUUUCAAAUUGGACAAAACCAGUUGUUGCUACUCCAUCUCCUUUUGGUUCAAUUGGAGGUACUCCAAAUGCAUCAACUGAUGAUUUAUCAAUUAAAAAGAAACAACCAAUUACAAGAACUACUAAAAAGACUACUCCAACAGUCAAAAAAUCAAUUUUAUCAAGUAAAGGAAAUGGUCCUAGAAAUUCAAGAUUAGCUUCAAAAAGAAUUAAAAAUGAAGAAACUAUUGAUUUUGAUGAAAUUGAAAGAAAAGCAAAAGAAGAAGAAGAAGAACGAAAGAAGUUGGGAUAUACUCCAGAAGUUGAAGAGGAAGAAGAAAUAAAGAUACCUAUCACAACUAAACAAGCAAACAAUCCCACCACUCAAACACCUCCUUCUCUUCCUCAACAAUUUCAAAAAUUAGGAUUUGGUAUGACUCAAGGAGAUAACACAACAACUACCACUAAAAACAUUAAAGAAAUUAAAUAUACUGGUGAAGUUUCAAAUAAAUUUGGUCAACAAAAAGGUAUAUCAUCAGAUGAAUUUUUUGGAAGAGGUCCAAGAUUUGAUGAACAAGCAAAACAAGAAGCUCAAACUAAAUUACAAUCAUUUGGAGGAGCUCAAUCAAUAUCAUCAUCAUCAUAUUUUGGAGAAGAAGAAGGACAAAAUAAUAAUAAUUCAAGAUCUCAACAAGGUAUAAAUUUAAAUGAUUUAGAAGCAAGUGCAAGAGAAUUUGCUUCAAGAUUUUCAGGUAAUGCAAAUCAAGAUAUAGAAGUUUUAAAAGAUGCUUUAGAAGAUGGUGCUAAUAAAUUAGGUUCAUAUUUAAGAGAUUUUUUAAGGUGA